GGAGAGUUUAACGCGAGUCCACCUUUUCAGAGGCUCUCUGUCCCAGAUCAACAUUAUGGUUCUGACACAUGACAGAGGGGAGAAUAGGGGUUUAAAUGAUUUGUCUUUUCAGCUUGUAAAAUUCACUUUCAGUCCACAGAUUUGCUUCUGCAACUUUGCUUUUGUUUCCAAGAGGAAAAGCACUUUUUAGGAAUUCCUCUGGUGGCAUAGCGCAGAGGGAGAUCAGAGGAUGAAAGACUCAGAGUUCUCACGGCUGAACAUGUCUGUUUUUAGCACAACAGAUCAAUAACUUCUGAAGUGACUGUGCUUUAUUACAAUGACGGUCUGCCUCGAGGCAAAAGGACUUUAGGAUGAAAGUUGUGAAGCGCCUUUCUCUUCUGCUCAGCUGCUGGACUCUCAUUUACCUCCAUCCCGUCCCUGCUUCUCUCAGCCGGACCAGACUGACAGAACACCAACAGCACCGGCUUGGAGAAGCAGUGGAGCGCGCGGCAGGAGAGCAAGCCCGGGGAGGAGCGCUGCCAGGCCGGGGUGUCGUGGGAAGGCAGCCGCUAACCGCUCCCGGGACGUGGAAACCCGCAGCGCACAUCCGGGCGCGGCCGCCGCCGAUUAAAGGCGAAACGACCGCCAGAGUCAGCGCAGGAGCGUCCGCAUCCACAGCCGCCGCGGCGAGCCGCGAGCAGCUGCGGCAGCAGCGGGACAAAGCGGCGAGCUUAGGGCGCAAAGAGGCUGUGCGCUCCUGGCUGCCCGCUGGGGAUGUGCGCGUUAAAGUGCACGCUCCUGUUGCCAUUAGUGAACAUGCGGCAGUGAAAGGGACCGCAGCUGUGGGAGGUGGAGGCUCACCGGGGAAACAUUUGGGGAAAGUUGUUCCAAGAGCCGAGGGUGCGCACAGGCAGCAGGACCCAACUCCGGUGGCGCAGCGCGGAGUCAGCAACAAGACUCCGAAACAGAGCCAACGGCAUGCGCAGCACAAGCAGCCGCUGGUGAUCCCACAUGACUAUAUGCUGUCUCUCUACUGGACUCUGAGCAGCGGGGACCCGAACAGCAGCGCGCUGCACGAGGCCGGCCUGGCCAAUACCAUCACCAGCUUCGUGGAUAAAGGACAAGAUGAGCGUGGGGCCCUGCUGCGACGUCAGAGGUAUCACUUCAACAUCAGCUCUCUGGAACGAGAUGGACUCCUGGGGGCCGAGCUACGUGUCCUGAGGAAGCGCCUGUCUGACCCCCGCAGAGUCUUGAUGGGCUCCACAGCUACUGGAGAAGAAGGAGGAGGAGGAGGCAGCUUGUCUCCGUGCCUGAAGCUGUACACCUGCGCUUCAGGGAAACAAAAGCCUGUUUUGCUCCAGACGAGGACCGUGGAGGAUCUGCUCAGCGGAUUCAGCAACAAAUGGGAAGUGUUUGACAUAUUUAAGGUCUUCAAAGGUUUAAAAAACCAGCAGGAUCAGCGCUCCCAGCAGCUUUGUUUUGAGAUGGAGGCCGUGGAGCACAUAGGAGGUCGCCCCAUGGACCUUCGGACUCUGGGGUUUGCCCGACUUGGCAGGACCAACAAGGAAAAAGCCUUCCUCCUGGCAUUUGGCAAAAGCAAGAAGCGCGACCUUUUCUACAACGAGAUCCAAGCUCGCUCGGGCCACGAUAACAAAACAGUCUACGAGUAUCUGUUCACCCAGCGCCGCAUGCGGCGAGCUCCCGCCGUGGGUAAAAAAGCCCUCCAGCCACUCAUACAAUCCCUCCCCCAACACCAGGCAGUGAAGACGAGACCACGCUGCAACCGGAGACGGCUCCAUGUGAACUUCAAGGAGAUGGGCUGGGAUGACUGGAUCAUUGCGCCGCUGGAGUAUGACGCCUAUCACUGCAACGGUGCCUGUGACUUCCCCAUCCGCUCCCACCUCGAGCCCACUAAUCAUGCCAUCAUACAGACCCUGAUUAACUCCAUGGAUCCGGACUCCACGCCACCCACCUGCUGCGUCCCAACACGCCUCAGCCCAAUCAGCAUCCUCUACAUCGACUCGGCCAAUAACGUUGUCUACAAACAGUACGAGGACAUGGUGGUGGAGUCCUGUGGGUGCAGGUAGCAAAGACAGAAAAACAGCCCCCGUUUUCCAUUUGAGGAAUGACUCAUUUGUUAACGUUAUCGCUGAAUCUAAAACUGGAACAUCAACACUUUGCAAAAGAGCUGGUAUUUUAGACCUACUGCGAUCCAACAGACAUUACUCUUAACACUCAAGUGGGCUAUCAGACUGCAUACCAAUGACUGUUAAAGACUAAACAGAGUGAGAUUGACUCAUGAAGGUGAUGCUCUGAAACACCCACUCACUUGAACUGUUCAUGUUGGUGAUCAUUGGAAAUGUAAGGAAAAUGACUCAUGUUUUUAUUUACUUUUAGAUUUGUAUCUGUGUCACAACUGAUGUAAAAAGUUUAACAUGCGGUCGAAACAUUAAGGGAAUUAUACUCAAAAAUUUAUUUUUCCAGCACGUAUCUGAUGGAGUCAUUUGUAUGCCUUAUCUGAGACGUUUUUUUUUUUAUAAAGCAUGUGAAGAAUUUCUGAUGUAUAAAUACUGGCCAGUGAUGAAGUGCUAAUCUGACCUGCUCCAAAU